GGGACUUCAAACUUUGUUGACCAAUCAUAAGCCGACCAAAAUCAGAACUGUCCAACGAGACGCGGCCUCGACCAAACGUUGCGUUCAGGAACAGUCGUACAAAACACAGCAUCUUCCACCGCUGGAAGCGUCUUGAAGGGACACAAUGGGGCGCAGAAAGUCCAAGCGAAAGCCUCCACCCAAGAAAAAGAUGACGGGGAACCUGGACACCCAGUUCACGUGUCCCUUCUGCAACCACGAGAAAUCCUGUGACGUGAAAAUGGAACGGACCCGGAACACGGGGAUCAUAUCGUGCAGCGUCUGCCUGGAGGAGUUCCAGACUCCCAUAACUUACCUGUCAGAGCCGGUGGAUGUUUACAGCGACUGGAUCGAUGCCUGUGAAGCAGCCAACCAGUAGUCCCCCCCCCCAUCCUCACCUCCCACACCCCCCUAAUGCCCCAUCCUCACCCUCACCUUCUGCCCCAGUGAAUCACUUCCUGUUGAGCUGGUGCACAGUAGCCGAACAUUCCUCAGAACCGACCUCUGGCUGGGCCGGAGUCAUCCUGUGUUUUCACACUUUCCAUGUCUUGUGUCAAAAUCAUGUUUGUUUUUUUAAUGGACCAAACUGAUGUGUAAUUAAGUUGAAAUGCAAAUUUUGUUGUAUUGUCCUGAUAUUUGAUCUGAUUCUUCAAAUUUGUCCUCAUCACUCCAUUUUGUCUGAAUAGUUUUUUUUUCCUACUCCCUAGAAAUGUUUAAAAUUGAGCUGGUAUUAUGAAUAACGGCAAAAGUCAGUCGUCUGGAGUGAAAACAGUAUUUAAAAAUGUAAAAACCCCUCUAUGUGAAGACGAGAUCCUCCCCCAUUAACUUUCUAAAAGUGUGGCGUAGGGUUAUAUUCUGACCAAUAACAUGCAGUGAAACCUUUUUUUUUUUUUAUAUCAUGAUUUGUAGUGCUGGACUUUAUUUUCCUUUUAAAAGUCACAAUCAUGCAUUUCUACGAUGCUGCUUUAGUGUAUUUUAUGAGGUGCUGACAAUUAAAAAAAAAAA